AUGAAAAGACGCUGUAUACCUGACAACUUGGCCAGUAUCCUCCGCGAGAGACCAGAAAGCCUUCUUGGCACUUUCUGGCAAUACGAAAAAGAGCCAGCUGAUUGUUUAGUCAUAAUUGAAGAUGUGGGCUACUUUCCUGCACAUAAGUCACGUCUGGCAUCAUGUUCAAAGUUUUUUAAGGGAGCAUUCUAUGGGGGUUUCAAGGAAACACACAAAUCCGUCCUAGUAUUUCCUGAAAUGGACUCCAAGGCACUUCACUUGUGCAUGGCCUGUUGCUAUACGGGAUGGGACAACGCAUUCUAUGAGUGUUUCAAGCGCGACGCACUAAAGCCAUACUUCGGGGAUGAAGAUUGUACAAGGAUCGAGGACAAGUUAAAGAUCUAUCUCCGGAUAUAUGAGGUUGCGGAUUAUCUCAUAAUAACCCCGAUCCUUGAUGACUUCCUGGAGAUCUUCCACGAGUUUCUAACUGUCUCCAACUUCGAGCUCUGCCCGGAGCGCCAUCUACUAUGGCUUCAAAUAAUUGGCUGGGGCUGCGAAAAGUGCUGUCCAGAUCGUACCCAGUUCAUCGAUUACAAGCUGACAAGGGAGCGGUGUCGCAUGCUCAUUGCUCAAAUGAUCGACAUGGAUCUCUCCAUACCGUUCCGGCUCUUCCUAGAAGAUUUUGCGUGCUUGUUGGUGUGCCAAAAUCGUUACAGCAAUAUCGACAUGAGGCUCGAGGCCCUAAUCGAAGAGCUUCCUGAAUUCGAACCAUAUCUGAACAAUUAUUAUUCAGAGUGGAGAGACUUGAGAGUCCGAUCCCAAACCUCAGAGGAUGAAUGGCACAGUCAAUCCGAUGAUGAAGAAAGUCUAAGCACAGAGGAAUUAGAAGAAGAAGAAGUAGAAAAUGCCUCGAAUAGCGGGCUGGCGUGGGGAAGCGAAAGCAACAACAACAACAACAACAACUCACGGAACUCUUGA